UGAUGCAAGUAUGUACAAUGUACAUCCAAUCCGGUAAAAAUGUUGAACACACACAUGUGUUCCUUGGUGCUGAACACUAGUCGUCAAUAUAUUUCGUAAACUUAAGAAAUUCAAAUACAAAGUUCAAAAUUAAACAUGAAACCUAUUUCAUGUGACACUUUUGUUUGUCUUCCACCAAAUACAGUGAAUAAUUGUGUUAUUUUCGGCAAAAAUUCUGACCGUCCAUCAGAUGAAGUACAGGAAAUUAUAUAUGUCCCAAAACAGAUCCACGACAAAAGUGUCCCAGAACGAUGCACUUACAUCGAGAUUGAUCAAGUUGAAGAGACCUAUGCCACAGUCCUUAGCAAACCGAGUUGGAUGUGGGGGGCAGAAAUGGGGGCUAACGAACACGGCGUGUGCAUUGGAAAUGAAGCCGUCUGGACGAAGCUAAAUAAUCCAAAAGAGGACAUUAAACCUAAACUGCUCGGCAUGGACCUCGUCCGCCUGGGUCUCAUCCGCAGUACCACUGCUGCACAAGCCGUCACCGUUCUGACCACACUUUUCGAACUCCACGGUCAAGGUGGGCCUUGUUCCGACUCGAUGAAAAACUGGUCGUAUCACAACUCCUUCCUCAUCGCGGAUAGGAAAGAGGCCUACGUUUUAGAGACGGCGGGACCUUACUGGGCUGCCGAGAGGGUGGAAAGUGGCUACAGAAAUAUCUCGAACGAUUUAUCCAUCCGGACAAAAAUCGACCUCAUGUCGCACGGACUUAAAGAGAAAGCGGUCGAGCUGGGAUUUUGGGAUGGGGUCACUCCCUUCGACUUUUCCGCUGUUUUCGGAACUAAUUCCAGCCUUGAUGACGACGACGAUGGAAGGUUUACCGAAGGGAGAAAAUUGCUGAAAAAGUAUUCUUCCGAUAACAAGUUUGAUGAGAAGUGUAUGAUGAAGAUUUUGCGAGAUGGGCCGAGUGGGAUUUGCAUGGGAUGUGAUGGUUCCUUUGUCUCCACGUCGAGUCAAGUUAGCGUUUUGAAUGAUAAUGGAUGGCGAGAUAUUCACUUCUUUACGGGAACGCCGGAUCCGGAACAUUCUGCCUUUAAACCGUGGAUCUUCAGCGAUAACGUGACCGAGAAGUGUUACCUGAGCGGCGUCAAAUCUCCGGAUGUUGGAAAAAAUAGGAAGCACGAUUUGUACAUAGAGCAUGAAAAGUGUUAUAAAAGGCUUGUAAAGGCGAAGAAACUUAAAGAAGGAUUGCGGGAGAUGGAAAAUGGGUGGAUUUUAUCGGCGAGAGAAUUGGUAGAAAAAUAUAUGGAAACGAGUGAUACUACAGAAAAAAGUGUGAUAAUAGAAAAAUGUGAGAAUAUGUUUGACACUUGUGUCGAACAGGAGUUGGAAUUUUAUGGAAAAUGCUUGUCUACGUAAAAAAGAAUAAAAUAAGAAAUUGAUAAUAUUUGUAGCAAGUAUUCAUA